AUGCCUUGUCGCAGUCUUUCUGGAAAUGUUCGUUGUGCUCGCCGUAAUGGCAACAAUGCCAUAUAUGAGGCCUUAGAGGUGGUCCAAAAUGAAAAUGGACAAAGAAGAAUUCAGAGUUUGGAGACAGAGUUAAAAGAGUUGAGAGCAAAUGCGGUCACCAGGGUGCAAGAUGGGUGGAUGUUGGAGCAACAGUAUACUCGGUUAUUGGAAGAAAGAAAUAGAUUGAGGGCAAGGUUAGCAAAUGAUGAGGAGGAAUUAAAAAGGUUAAGGGCGGAGGAAAGAAGAAAAGAGAGAAAUAAUAAUAAUAGGAAUAGAAUGUCAG